GAUUCAUCUCUGCCACAAAUGUACAUAAAUUAUUGUGGUGUCUACGGCCUGAUGUGGUUCCCAUUCAUAGAACUUCUCUCAAUCAAUCUGAUUGUUCAAGCAUUCUGAUCAGUAUACUUCUGUAGGUUGAAAUAGUGUUCAUAUUUAUAAAUCACGGGACUGAGGCAAGUGUUCAAAUCCUUUUCAAAACCUCUGCUCUCAAUCCACCUGGCAUUUCCCAACAUAAAUGAGGCACAAGAUUUGUAAGAGCAAACUCAAUUGUGGCAACUACAAACUGUCUCUACAAAUCUUUCGCCAAACUUGAAAUCACCUCAUUGGAAAUCUAAACAACUGUUCUUAAAUCUCUUGGGUACGAUCUCUUUGUGCAAGCACAAGAUUUCGACUCCCUCAUUAUGAUCACUCUUGCUUUGUUGAUUACUAUUGUCUUUGAUGGUUUUUCGAGGAAGUUGUAAUGAAGUUGGAGGAUGUUGUCUUAUAUAUCACUUCUUUCAUUACUGACGCAAGGCCUCACUUCCCUUCAAACUCUGUUAAUUGAAGAUUGUCCAGGGCUGAAGUCUAUCUCAGAAGGCCUCCAACUGCUUCUUCCUACUCUCAAGAAAAUGACAAUCUUUGAAUGCUAUCUCAUGUUCAGUAAUGGGAGAACAAGUUUUGAGAAGCAUGGUCACAAAUCCUGUCCUUUAUUAGCAAUUUUCAUUUGUUCUAUUGCAUGUUUCAUUUAUUUCUAUUUCAACAAGCCUAAUACCAAGGAAAGAUGCAUCUUUGCGAUCAAUGUACACAAACUGUAGUGUUCUGUGCACAUGAUGGUUCUCAAUGUUAGAACUUCCCUGAAGAAUUCCAAUCCUUUUAUCACUGAGUAUAAUCUUGUGGGUGGAAUUGUUUUAGUACUUACAAGUCAUGGGAACUGAGAGUAAAUUCAACUGUGGCAACUGUCAACUGCAUUCCUCCUUUCGCCCGACACCAAAUGAAAUAGACUUGAAAUCAUGUCAUCUGAAAUCUAAAUCUCUGUUCAUAAAUUUAUCCGCCCUCCAACUCAGUGUCCUCGAUGUUCUAAAGCAGAUCUUAUUCGGAUCCUCCUUGGUCAACAUUGAACUUUUUCCAUCCGCCGUCUUGGCCUUGUCGUGCAACUUCUCCAUUACUUUUGGAUUCCAAACGAGCACUGCCAUGGCCCCCUCCAAGAAUAUGCAUGAGGCACCAACCAAAGUUCAUUUUUAGAGAAGAUGAUGCACACCUGAUUCUCACUUCUCUUUGUGCAAGAAUUUAGAGUUUCUUACUCAAAGAUUGUUGGAAUGUGCAGUCAAUUCUCAACUGCAAGUUUGUGUCGCCCCAGGGAUUUUCAAAACUUGACAUCUUGAAGAACUAAGGGAUUCCUGAAAUACUUUUAAACCCUUUGUUGCUGUUUUUGGGGAUACCAAUCAAUCACCACUUGUUUUUCCUGAUUCAGCUUUUUUAUCAAGAAUUUGGAAUUGCUGGCAACUAUGUAUUAUCAGAAUCAAGCAGAAGUUCAUUCCAUGCAGAUGAAAGACAUUAUCACAUGUUAUGUGUUGUAUCAUCUUUUGCACUAGUUUUCGAAUGUUGAAAAUUAAACAUGUUUUGAUUUCUCUCUAGCUUACUACCUUUUGCACUAGUUGGUCAACAUUCAAUUGGAACAUGAUUUUUUAUUGCUCUUCAGUUUACCAAAUCAA